AUGAAGUCACUUACCACCGCAAUUAUCGCGAGCUCUUUGCUGAGUCUCGGAGUUGCUGGCGAUGGUGUAUACGUCUGCCCCGGUCCCAACUGGACACCAAGCAACCUGUGCAUAGAUGUUCAAAUGACCGAUGGUGGCUGUUGGACUUCGCCCUGGGAGACUCUGGGAUCAAUCGGACCCGACUCAGGCUGGAUCUGCUCAAUGUUUGUUGAGCCCGGCAACUGCGUCGCCACCUCUGGUAACCUCAACUCUGGUGGCAUCUGGCCCCCUGGAAUUGCCGAUUUGCAAACCUGGAACGAUGGACAUACUGGCAAGUGGACUGGAUACUGGUUCAACGAGGCGAGAUCAGUUCAGUGUAUCCGUGGCUAA